GCCCUGCUGCAUUUCUCUUCCUUUUUUCUAAGUCUCCUUUAACACCCUUUUCUUUCUACGAUUAUAGCCGGCCGGUUUGGCUUCGAUCGGCUUUUAUUGUAUAUUUGUUUUUGCAUACGUCAGGCACCAUCCUCGCAGGCUUCUUUUCGAUCUUCUACAACUACCAUUGGGGCAGGAAUGAGCCAGGUUGUGAGCAUCGCGUUUCACAGACUAGAUUGGCCGCCGGAUAACAUUAUGUUUCCUUCUGGAGAUUUGCAAGGCAUGGGCGUUUUUUUUUUUAAUCCUUUCCCAUUAUUUUCUUGUUCCUUUAUUCUUUUAUGUUACAUUGGGAGGUGUGGGUUCUGGAUUCUUUUGAAUUGCAUAUGGUUAAAAAGUGUAUUGAUAGGAUGGACUGUGUGUGUGUAUCCAGGGGCGAGCGAAGAAGGGAUGGAAGAAGAGAGGACAAAAAAGGUUGAAUCAGGAGCAAUUACUACUACAUGGCCCCAGCUGAGCAAGGAUGCAGCUUCAGCAGUACUAUACGGCGGCGUAUGCACAGGAUAUUUUACCGGAUUGGUUUUGCAUGGUAGGACAAAGCAGGAUUUACUAGUGUUGAUACUUUUGAUGAGGCAGCUGUGAACAAGCGAAAUAAAAGGCUGUUGGGUCCAUUGGAACAAAUUCUCGUCAUUGGAGCUUACUUUACGACUUAUGCAGUGAGAAAUGCGAGCGCAAACGACGACGGUUGGUUGUACAGGGGCGUCCGGGUUGCCAAUCACGGGCACGUUCAAAGUAGAUGAAACAGAUGACCCAUGGGGAUGGUACAAGCUCAGCAGCACUGCU